GAUGCGCCGCUUUCUAGCUGUCAAAAUAUUCCGUGCAAGUGCAUAUUGUUGCACAACAGAGUAGUAAAAUUAUUGGUAAAGUUUUUAGACAAAUAGAACUGAAGUAAUAUAGAACUAAACACUUACAAUUUUAACACCAAAAUGGGCAAAGUUAUGUCAAUUGUUUCGCGACAAGUUAAUCGAUACAAUGUGGAGUCUCGCGCGGAAAAAGUUAUGUCACAGCCCAAACCGAAACCGGCACCAACCUUCCAAGCAAACCAGAGUGACCUGGACAGGAUAUUAAAAGAACAUCCUGAUCUUGUAAAACAAUUGAGCCAAAAGAAUCAAGCUUUAGAUGAUAAUCUAAAAUCAGUUUUCGUUACUUCUACGGACCCCACUGUUAUGCCUGCAGAAAGCUCUGGUAAAAAUCUGCCAACAGAUCGUACAAGCGCAGAUGAUUUUGAGUUUGGACAUCUAGAACCAACCAAAGUGGCUAAAAGUCGCUGCACGUUGCGGCAAGCGAUGAAAUUCAUAGGCAAUCAUCAGACAAGUCCAAGCGAAUGGACCGCAGCUCGAAUAGCCGCUGAGUAUUACAUGAAGGAGUCUGUUGUGAGUAAUAUUCUGACACACUUUCGGGCCUUUGAAGUGCAUAUUCCACCAAAAGGAUUAGACAAACGAAAACAGAUACUGGGAUCGAGCAAUAAAUCUAAAUUAUUAGAAUAAAACAAUUUAUUCUCAA